AUGUCCGACCUCGCCAAGUCGUUUGCAAAGACGAAGCUCUCCUCGCUCCCGCCGCCAGAACCGCUGAUGGAAGAGGAAGAGGACUCGGGCUCGGCGAGUUCCAUGUCGAGCACAGGUACCGUGAGACCUUCGCACGCCCAGCGGCCGGCGCCUACCAUACACUGGUCAGACUACUACGCCCAGGAAUUCCAUCUCGAGCGGGAAGCGCCUCGCUCCAAGUUCCAUGUCUACUUCACACCGCCCAAGUCCCUGCAAUCGCCAUUGCUGGUCCUCCACCACGGCGCCGGGAGCUCUGCCAUGAGCCUUGCACUUGCAGCCAAGGAAAUCACCAGAGCCAUGCCUGGAAUUGGUAUACUUGCGGUAGAGGCAAGAGAGCACGGCAGCGUUGUCUGGGACAAGAGCGGGGCGGUGGACAACAACCUGAGCAUCGACCAGCUGGGCCGUGACAUGGUCGACAUGCUUCUUCUCACGCAACAGAAGAUGGGCUGGGGAGACCUGCCCUCGCUCGUGCUCGUCGGACACAGUCUCGGCGGUGCAGUGGUAACACAUGUCGCAAACAUGCAUCUAUUGGACGACAAAAUACUGGGAUACGCAGUGCUAGAUGUCGUCGAGGGAAGUGCCAUGGAAGCCCUUAAGAGCAUGCAGUCGUAUCUGGCCACCCGACCGAAGCUCUUCGACACGCUCGACGCUGCCAUCGACUGGCACGUUCGCUCACGCACCCUUCGAAACCCAGACUCGGCGAGAGCGAGUGUGCCCAGUCUGCUCAUACCAACACCCACCGGCGGACGCUGGGCGUGGAGGACAGACCUGUCUCGCACCGAGGCCUACUGGGAGAACUGGUUCUCAGGGAUGAGCGCCAAAUUCCUGAAUGGCAAAGGAGCGAAACUGCUAUUGCUUGCCGGGACGGACCGCUUAGAUAAGGAGCUGAUGAUUGGGCAAAUGCAGGGCAAAUUUCAACUCCAGGUCUUCCCCGCCUCUGGCCACUUCCUCCAGGAGGAUCAGCCCGAGAAGACUGCCGAAGCCAUCGUCGAGUUUGUCAAGCGCAACGACCGCAGCACGCUUGUGCUUCCUCCAAAGGUGUCCGACCUCCUGGCGCAGGGCAAGAAGGUUUGA